UACUUCGGCGCCUGAAGGUGCACUACAGCACGGAAAAGAAAAAGGCAAAUGUUUUGAUAUUACAACAAAAAGAGUUAUCACGUAGUGUAUGCUUGGCUUUAAUUAUUUGGAAACCGUUGAUAACAUAGAAUCUUGGAAGACAGCUUUCAGUGUUAAGCCUCAUGGAGGAAACAGAAAACCUUAAUCCUGUAAUGGACAUCCCUGAAGAUCAAACAGCGAAUGAUAUGUCCAGGGCUAAAUGGACUCUUGAGGAAGAUGAAAAUCUCAAGUCACUAGUUCAGAGCCUUGGCCCCCAUAAUUGGAAGGCAAUUGCUUUGCUCUUACCUGGACGCAGUGAGCAGGACUGUAAGCAUCGGUUUACUACUGUAUUGGACCCAAACCUUGUCAAGGGAAGUUGGACUAAGGAAGAAGAUGAAAGGCUUAUGGAAUUAGUAACAAAGUUUGGAGACAAAAAGUGGACAAGAAUUGCCAAGUACCUAAAAGGUCGCAGAGGGAAGCAAUGCAGAGAGCGGUGGCAUAACCAUCUGGACCCUUCUAUAAAUAAAACCUCCUGGACCACAGAAGAGGAUGUCAUCAUCUGCAAAGCCCAUAAUAUGUUAGGAAAUCGUUGGGCUAAGAUUUCAAGAUUGCUCCCUGGCAGGACUGAUAACUCUAUCAAGAAUCACUGGUAUUCAACUUUAAAGCGUAAAGUGGAAACUGGUGCUUUGGUGCUGGAUGAUGGUGAUAUGCCUUGUGUAGAACCAUCUAUACAAAAUAACGCCAAUAAGUCUCCCCCUGUAGAGGAAAACAAGGUGGACACUGCUUGUGUUGGUUUGACAUCAGGUGCUAUGGUGGACAUUACUGAGGAUCUAAAUGAAACUACACCACUGCCUACCAAAAUGAAUUUGGAUGAUUUUUGUUGUGAUGUUGUUUUGGAUUCAGAUCCUGUGACACAUAUUCCCGAGCAGUUAACCACAGUCAGAAAUUCCAGGGAUCCAAGGCAAAACCACAAACUCAAAACAAGAAAGCAGUUGAAAGCAGACUUUAAAAAUGACACAAAUGAAAGUCUCCCCCCAGGUUCAACUUCCAGUCACACAAUGCAGUCUCAACAGAAAACCUUCACAAAGGUUGUACUCCAAAUGGUGGCAGAAGACAUGCUGCCACUUAGCAUUGUUGAGGGGUCUGGGUUCCGGCACUUCAUGGCUAGUAUUGGUCCCCAGUACCCCAGGCUUUCACAGCGUAUGGUUACAUUAAAGCUUUAUGAUAAGGUGGAGAAGUGUCUUAAACCUCAUCUGAUUAAACAGCUCAGGAACUGUGUCACUGUUAGUAGAGGCAGUGCUGAUGUUCAUGUCACUGCAGAUAUUUGGUCCAGUGAGUAUUCUGAACCUAUUCUAGCUGUUCAGCUGCAUUUCCUUGACAAUGAUUGGAAUAUUCAUAGGCCAAUGGUUGCUUUUCGCCAUUUAGAUCGGAAAAACUUGAAUGUCUUGGUUAAGCGAGAGCUGGAGGCCGUGCUCCUUAGCUACAGCCUGUUUCACAGAAAUAUUGGCUAUGUUAUUGCCCACGAAGCCAAGAAUACCAUUGCUACACAUGACCUUUUCUGCGACUACAAGAUUAUGCAUAGUGCGCUAAAGAACGACCCAGAUGAAGAUGAGUUGUUAGACUUCCUUGAUGAUCAAGGCUCUAUAGUGGAUUUAUCUGAAAUCCUAUUGGGCCAAAAUGUUGACUGCAUUAGCACCCUUCUGCACUUGGUGAUCAAGGAAGCGUUAAAGGCUUCCAGGUCUGCUGAGUAUGUGCUCUCUCAGGUCCAAGAUAUUGUGGCCUUCUUCCGCCGUAGCACCUAUUGGAAUGAGGUUCUGGUAAAGGAAUGCAAACUUACCCUUGCAAAUCCUUACAACUAUAACAGCUAUGCUUGGAACUCCACUUUUACCAUCAUUCGCAAACUAGUGCAGGAGUUUUCCUGGGGCUCCGUGAUGGCUGUUUUAACACAAGCCCGCAAAGAGGCAAACGAGACUACCGUGUCUCCACCAGUAAUCCAUGUCAAGCGUGAACAGGUGAUGGACCUCAUAGGCCUGUUGGAGCCCUUUGAAGAAGCCAUCCAGGUGCUUCAGGAUGAUGGCGUCACAUUCUCCCUCGUCAUUCCAUCUCUUAUUGGCCUUGAUAAAACCCUCAAGGACAAGUCCACAAAUUAUACCCAGUUCUGCAAAGCUCUCCGCUCUGGCCUGCAUGACUACUUCCAACCUCUGAUUAUGCAAAAAGAUGUCAUAUUAGCCACGGUCCUGGACCCGCGUAUUAAGCUUCAGCCCUUUGACGAUGGCAAAGAAGUAGCUCAGGGUAGCACACUUGUUCCACCUACUAAAUACUGGGCUUGUUCAAUACUAGAAUCUGCAAUGAGUGAAACCAACACAUGGUUUCCAGUGGAGGAAGGCAAUGUGGCUCUAGAUUAUGGUGGUAUACCUGCCACAGGAGCAGCUAGUUUGGGCAACAUCAAGUGCUUUAUGCAGCCUGCCCCAAAGGUAAUGACUGUCUCAGAGCUGGACCUCUAUAUAUCAGAACCUUUGCUAGAUGGAGAUGCUUCCAUCCAGGUAUUUUGGAGAGAGGCCACUCGUUUCCCACAGUUAAGAAGUGUCUGCCACAAGCUUUUGGCUGUACCUGCCUCUUCAGGAGGAUUCAAACGUCUCUUUCCUCUGGCAGCAUGUAUAGUUCGGGCCCGAAGGAAUAGGCUGCCAGAGCAUGCUACAGAGAGACUGUUAUUGUACAGAGAGUAUCUAAGUUUAAGUGGUGGAAAAAACAGUACUAGAUUGUAAUCUAUGUAUUUGGAAUAUUGUUUUGUCAGGAUUGUUUUUUUGUUUGUUUGGUUUUUGUUUUUUUUUUUGGUUUUUUUAAUAGCCACAUACUACAUGCAAACAGUACAGACUGAAUACACCCCAUGUUUAAAGUUAAUAGAAGUUAACUGAUGUUUUAUGAACCUGAGCUGUUAGGACACUUUGUCUGAUGUUAACAUUUGCGUUCGUCAAAGCUGCUGCCCUCAUGUUCCAGCACAGACCUUUUAAUUCAUGAUUUAAUACUGUAUGUGCAUUGGAAAUGUUAUUAAAUGUUAUGAUGUGUAAUACUACACAAUUCGUUAUGUGUUCUUAAAAUAAUAUUU